UGGCGCUCUGCGCAGCUCAAGUUGAAGGCAGCUGAUCUUCACCGCGACUCUUCAGGGAAAGCUGAGCUGCAGUUUCAGAGACGAACAAUGAGAUAUUUAAACGCAUGAACUCCAGCAGUCGCUUCUCCGCGCGGCCAAACCUGCAUAACCGUAGAUAUCAGUGAAAAAAAAAAAAAAACACGUUGUUGAAGCGAAGGUAGCGCACGGCGCACAGGGACAGAUCAUGCACUGUCAGGCCGAGCUGAGGCUCUCCUCCCCCGGGCAGCUGAAGGCUGCCAGGCGGCGCUACAAGACUUUCAUGAUUGACGAGAUCCUCUCCAAGGAGACUUGUGAUUAUUUUGAGAAACUUUCUCUCUACUCGGUGUGCCCUUCGCUCAUUGUGCGGCCGAAGCCUCUUCAUUCGUGUUCGGGCUCCUCGUCACUACGUGCCUACCCCCUCCUCUCAGUGAUCACGCGGCAGCCCCCCCACCUCCCCCAGGUGUCGUCUCCGGGCGGGGCAGCCUCGCACCUGCCCUUGGUCUCGCCGCAGCAUCCGCGAGGCUCCGAGCCGUCGCCCAGCCAGACGCCGCUCAGCAUCAGCAGCGAGUCGGAUACGGAGCGCAGCACGCCGCGCCUGAAGAAGCCGCGCCGCAGCCGCACCAUCUUCACCGAGCUGCAGCUGAUGGGGCUGGAGAAGAAGUUCCAGAAGCAGAAGUACCUGUCCACACCUGAUAGGUUAGACCUGGCCCAGUCACUUGGCCUCACACAGCUCCAGGUGAAGACAUGGUACCAAAACAGGCGUAUGAAGUGGAAGAAAAUGGUGCUCAAAGGAGGUCACGAGGCCCCGACUAAGCCCAAGGGAAGACCCAAGAAAAACUCCAUUCCCACCACGGAGGAAAUAGAGGCCGAAGAGCGCAGGAUGAAGAUGGAGGCAGAGGAGAGGAUGAAGAGGGCUGCCGAGACGGCGGCGCUGGCUCAGGGAGGAGAAGCAUCUCAGCUUGAACCUCAAGAUCUCAGUUCAGAAACUCACAUUGCGGCCGCGGCGAUGGAGGGAUCCGAGCGAGAGCUGCCGCUGCUGAUGCAGUCAGAGACUCACGCGGCCAGCUAAGUAAGAACAAAACAGCCAAAGACUAAGCCAACCUGAAAACAAAUAGUGCCUCAGGAUCACUGUAAAAAGCCUGUGUGGUGUUUAGAGCCAUUUGCUUUAGGAAUUUGCCCGGAAACAUGUCGGCGGUGUCCGAUCUUUACCAAAUGUAGCCUUUUAUUUUUUGUGUUUUGGAAAAAUGUACCAUACAAAGAGCUAAUUGUGCUGGUUAAAAUGUGGCCUUUCAAAACUGUGUUUGAGAAGGUCCCUGGUAUAAGGAGCGUAAAUGUAUCAAAUCAAAGCAGGUCAGUCAAAGCAAAACACGCGUCAUGCAUCAGCCUAUUGUGCAUUACAAACAUUAAAGAUCACACACACUGCCGAUCCUCAAAGCUGCCUCACAGAAUGCAUGUGCCAAAAUAUCAGGAUUUGCCUUACUGUAGUGUCUCUAUGUGUCUAUGUAUGAAAAAAAAUCCCUUCACUGCCAAAAAGUAUAACAUUAAAUGGCCACAGUGCCUUGUCGGUCUCAGAGGAAAGCUUUUAAAGUGUAUAGUUAAGAUAACUAUUCAAUGCAAGUAUAUUUUUUACAGUGAUUUUUGAUUACAAGUGCCGUUUUUGGGGACAGAGUUGUAAAGUUUAGAAAAGGACACUUUUAUGUUUAGGUUGGAGUUCUCCUGCAGCUUCAAGGCUCACUUGUGUUCAUUAUUUGGUCAGUAAAGCUUGCAUUUUUUAUUUUUUUCAAUCUGGAACUCAAUAUUUCUGCUAAGCCAUACACUGUAUUAUACUGUAGAAAUGUGUAUAAAGUAUAAAAUAUAUGGUCUUUCGCAUAUAUGUCUAUAUAUAUAGAUAUACAUAUAUAUCUAUAUAUGUGUAAAAACAGUAUUUUUAACUGCUGUUUUAAAUUGGAUUAAAAUAGUUUGUAUGUAUAAAGUUACUGCCGUCCCUGAUCUUUUUCUUCUUUCAUGGGAGUUAGGAUGACUCUGCUUUCUGCCACGAGGCCAGUAAGACUCUUAAGCUGUCAGAGAUUCUCAGAGGGAGUAAAUCACAGCCUGUGCCAAAGAUGCACAGCAAAUGCUGAACAUCUGAAAUCUCAAAGACGUUUUCAGCCUGCAGGCUUUGCAUGAGUAUCCCAAUCAGUAUGUUAGACCUGCAUUAACAUAACUGUCUUCAACCGCCUGUCACUGACGUCUCUGCACCCUUCGAACUCGACCUUCUUCUCUCACAAAGAUUUGUAAUUAAAGAGUAUCACUUUUUGGAUUAUACAGAUUUAUUUUUAUUAGUUGUUGUUUCAUAUGGAAAGUGCAGUAUUUUUCUGAUGUAAAUAAUGCUUGUUUGGUAAGCUUGUUUGCAGUUUUUUUUUUAGGUUUGUGUACAAUCAUUUUUACUAUAUACAAGUGAGUGUUUAUGUAUUUAAAUGCACUUAAUAAAACAGCCAUCA